AUGCGAGAGAGAAUAGAGUUCCUAAACGAAGCUUCGGUGAUGAAAGAAUUUAACUGCCAUCAUGUGGUCCGUCUGUUAGGUGUUGUUUCCCAAGGUCAGCCAACACUUGUCAUCAUGGAGUUAAUGACUCGUGGAGACCUCAAAAGUUACCUGAGAUCUCUAAGGCCAGAUGCCGAGAACAACCCUGGACAACCACCCCCCUCACUGAAAAAGAUGAUCCAGAUGGCGGGAGAGAUUGCUGAUGGGAUGGCAUACCUCAAUGCAAACAAAUUUGUUCACCGAGACCUUGCCGCCAGGAACUGUAUGGUUGCAGAAGACUUCACGGUGAAAAUUGGAGACUUCGGAAUGACCCGAGACAUCUACGAGACAGACUAUUAUCGUAAGGGAGGGAAAGGUCUCCUUCCGGUACGCUGGAUGUCUCCGGAGUCUCUCAAGGAUGGAGUCUUCACCAUUCACUCCGAUGUCUGGUCUUUUGGCGUUGUCUUAUGGGAGAUCGCCACGCUGGCAGAACAGCCAUACCAUGGCAUGUCCAAUGAACAGGUUCUCCGCUUUGUUAUGGAAGGCGGACUCCUGGAGAAGCCAGACAACUGUCCAGAUAUGCUGUUCGAGUUGAUGCGCAUGUGCUGGCAGUACAACCCUAAGAUGAGACCCUCGUUCCUGGAGAUAAUCAGCAGCAUUAAAGACGAGCUCGAUCCAAACUUUAGGGAGGUGUCCUUCUUCUACAGCGAAGAGAACAAACCGCCGGACACGGAAGAACUAGACCUGGAGGCAGAGAACAUGGAAAGCAUUCCAUUGGACCCAUCAUGUACCUUGCAGACAUCAGAACAUCAUGUGGGACACAAGGCAGAAAAUGGUCCUGGUGUAGUUGUCCUCAGGGCGAGCUUUGACGAGAGACAACCCUACGCGCAUAUGAAUGGGGGGCGCAAGAACGAGAGGGCGCUACCUCUGCCACAGUCCUCAGCCUGCUGA